UUUUUGCCUUAAUGUUCUCACAGAAGUGCGAUCACAGCAAAUGGAAGAAGGACAUUGUGAUUCCUCAGCUCACGUUCAGAUUCCAGCUCUGAUUUUUUUAGUUUAAUCGAAGUAUCAGAUUCAGAAAAUGCGCUAUUUUCUUCCUCGAUCUGGAAAGAACAAGAUUGCGUAAGUUGUACUAAAAGAUGGUAAGCCUAAGCGCCGCGAGCGGUCUCCGAGAAUGCGGCGCACCCGCAUUAGCAAGCGCUCCCGAAGCCCCCUUCAAGGUGGGUCAGUGUGUCCGAGUACACUUUGUCGACGCCCACAGUGGCCUAAGCGAGCGCUAUGAAGACACCGCAUGAAAUUAUAUACAAAAUAGGAGUACCAGUAAGGGUAGAGGAUUUCGAAGUUAACUACAGACCAGCCAUGUAUAAGUAUUGCACAAGAGCUAGUUGUUGCAGCGGCAGCCGUACUACUACUAAUAGGACUAGCAUUGAUUAGAAGGACCAGUACAGUCAUAGCACUACACAUGAUGAUCUUAGCUUGUUAUGUUGAACCACAACAACGACGCACAGAAGAACAUGAACUACGCAUGAUUAUGCUGCUCGGUAUUUUAGAAAUAGAAGUGCUUACCCCCCGAAUGGCGGGUAAACUACUACUGCUACUAAGUAUUCUUGUUGAUAUGAUUGAUGAUUCUCCUCUGUUUCUUCGCUGAUGAUUAUCAUAUACUUUCGCAUGGCCCGAGCUCUAAGAAUUGCGACGCGGAACUGUGUCGUUUUUGAACGCUGAGGACAAAACUUUGGAUAUUUUCUUGUUGGAGCCACUGCCCGACAAACGAGACGAGCUUUGCGAUAUUCACUUUCACGAUGUUUUAUGCUGGAGUUGUCUUCAAUAUCAAUUUAUUAUCGUUGUAUGCAUAUUUAUUUCUAGACAUUGGGAUUGACAUUCUGUUGACUCUGUCUUCUUCUAAAUUUUCGCACUCCCCAUAGACUAUUUAUCCACUACGUACUAUCCACUAGCCGCGAAAUGCAAAUGAUGAAUCGACGUCCGGAAAUGGAUUAAUGUACUAUAUACCGAGUAGAGUGAUGCUCGACAGCGCAACGCCCCUAAAGUUAGAAAUGUAAAUGAUGAUCUGAUCACAAUUGUUAUUGUUUGCCUUUCUAUGAGUCUCGGGAGUUGAUGCGUCUAAGGAUUUCUCCCCUCCUUCCGUUUGAGGAGGUGCGACACGCCGUCGAACGGAUCCAGUCUGAGCCUCGGGCGGAGGCGUCUUCCUCCUCGGGUGGAAAAUGUCGCAAUGAGACCCGAGACGCUAUCAGGAGAAAGGAAAAGAAUUUCGAGGUGUGGCAGUGCACGCAGAGGGCAGAACAGAAGUCUGUAUGAUGCCGCGGAUUGAGAACGCAGGAACAAAGGGAAUGUCGCUCCUAAGUUAGAAAGCAAAAGGGGAGCUACAUUUCCCCAUCGACGUUCUCAAUCAGUGGCAUCGUUCAAAGACGUUAAACGGUAGCUGCUCAAGUUCCCAUGUUCUUGAGAAGAGGCGCGACCUCGCCCUCGGAGCAGCAUGCUCGAUCAAGGAUCAGGGGAACGAGCUUUUUAAGCUGCAAGACUUCGAGGCUGCGAGGGAGCAUUACUCUGUGGCUAUAGAUGCGCUUCUGCACGAAGAAGAAUCAGGAGUGCCUAAAGCAGAAUGGCUACUUGUCUUAUGGUUCUGUCGGGUGAAAAGGACUGUGGCGGCUGUAGAUGAAGAGACGUCCCAAAUGAAGUGAAAAGUGCAUCAACGGCAAAUGAGUAGAAGAUGUGUCUCUGACCGCAUUGGAGGUUUCGCGCGGGUUAUUUAGAUUUCCGGUAGGGGGAGAUAUCAUCAUUUUCCAUCUUCUACUCGUACUCUCUAAUUCUGCCCUCAAGAGCACACGAGGAGAAGUCGUUUUCAUGGUCAUCACAACUAGAGCUACGACAACGGAGUGACUUUGGCACUGCAAUGAAGGGAAUUCCUGCGCACGAUCGGACAACGCAGGGCGUGCUCUAUCUGAAUCGGGCACGUUGUUUGGAGAAACUCUUAUGUAUGAAUAAGCAUCAACAUCUAUUCGGUUUUGAUUUACUAGGAAUAGAGGUUGAAGCAUUUUCAAUACUUUCAACAGAAGUAUAAUAUUUUCAAUUUCAUUUUUUUUCGAUACGGAGGAAAAAGAACACUCUCAGACUGGAUGAUGUCGAACACUCUAAGACUUGGCCUAUUCGCGGAGGCGGCGCAGGAUGCCACUGUAGUUAUUGCGCUGCACGAAGGUAUCCUAGGCCUAGCAAAAGAACGCGCAGCGCAAAGAGGCGCAGAAAUGACCGGCAGCCGAUUGGAGCCUAGCGUAACCCAUCCUGGCGCAGUAGAUAAGGUUUCUAAAGCGUUAUUUCUGCGAGCCAAGACAAAGAUGGCGAGGAAAAAAUACGAUCACGCUCUCAGUUAUGGCCACGGUUGUCGUUUCUCACUCUCCACGUUCUUGAAUAACUGUCGAACAAUACAUUUCUUCUAUUCGACGUAUUGUGAUUGUCGUUGAUCUCAUGCAGGUUGCAUCCUAUUUACGUUUGCCUUGUCCCAACCAAACAUUGUAACUUUAUCUAAUCUGCAGAUGUUGAUGGUGGCCUGGAAAUCGCAUUGGGAGGUCAACUGCAGGAGUUCCGGAAGCUUCAGAGGGAAAUCCAAAUCGCCCGAAAAGCGUUUGUCCAAGGGAAUAAGAGUCUCGCGAAGGAAAUGGCAAGGUGGGCAGACCAAUCCUUGGAUCAGAUGGGUGGGCAACAAGGAGAAGAAGUUGGCAAUUAAAUGGUCAUUCUGUGAGGGUGAGGAGCUCCUGAACAAUAAAAUGUCCUGGGCUACAAGGAGUUGCGAGAAGUUCUUGAACACAGUGUCGCGCAGCUAAUUAUCAGCUAAGUAGACAAAGACAAAGACAUUCGUUUAAAAAAAGGUGAAAAUGUUGAUGUAGCGUUUACGUCAAAUCGAUCAAUGGUCUGGCAUCAUGGGUUAGACAUCAUCCCCAUCAAUCUCAUCUUA